GCUCCUAUAAAUAUCACGGCCUCGUCCACGGCCACGGCACUCCCGAAAUUGCUUAGCUCGAGCCCAGAUCCCCAUUCCCACUGUCCUCUGUCCUCUACCAUCAGUGCGGGAAACCCAAGUAAACCCUUCAUCCCCAUGCUAAUCCAGUUGCUCCUGCCACUGGCAGUGGUCACUGCCCUGCUCCUUGGGGUGCCUUCAGCUAACGGAUAUAGCUCCAAGGAUCUGCUCGUGUGGAUGCAGUCCAGCAACCUGGGCUAUCAGGUGCUCCAGCAGGCGCUCAACGAUAACAAUCAAUCCUCAACAGCUGCCGAGGCAGCCUGUGCGGCGGAGGUGCGUCUGCUCCUGCUGGCGGCGGAGGCCAAGGCCCUGCCCGCCUUGCGAGUGCUCGAUGCCUGGGGCAAGUUUCCACAGGGCCUGCUCUAUGGCCACUUCACCGAUAUGGGCAACUACGAGUCCUGCCUGAGUCUGGGCCAAACUAAAGCUACCAGUAGUCUCGGCGACAUUGCCGCCGCCAAGUACUGCCUGAGUCACAUCCAGUUCGAGAGCCUGCUACUGGAGGCCACAGGAGCGGAAGCGCUCACCCUGAGUAUUGGCACCUGCCUGCCGGCCACCUGCUCGACUGCCCAGCUCAGCCGCUGGCUACAGGGACACCUCCAGGAGCUCUUCGGACGGAACUCAACAGGAGCCGUGCUGGUGACCGAGCAGGAUUGUUCGCUGGCCAAGGGAGAGCCCAUGGGUGGCCUGGACUGGUUUGCCGUCUCGAUCCUGAUACUUUUGGGCACUGUGGUCCUGCUGGCCACCCUUUUGGACUAUGGCAAAGUCAAUGGACAACUCCUGGGUGCAUUCUCCCUGCGCCAGAACCUGCCGCAAUUGCUUAAAACCUCGAGCACACCCUCGCCGCGGAUUAUUCCCUGCCUCCACGGCAUCCGCUGCCUGACCAUCAUCUGGAUUAUACUCGGACAUGGGUACAUGUAUUUGCUGUUGGCACCCACCGUCAACUCCCUUGAGAUCGUGGCCUGGGCCCGGACACCCUUCUCCAUGGUACUGCAAAGCGGUUCCAUCUCCGUGGACACAUUUUUUCUGCUGAGCGGCCUGCUUUUGGUUCUGACUAGCCUGCGUGAGCUGGAGCGCACAUCGGGUUACCUGAACGUGCCACUGAUGUACCUGCACCGCCUGGUUCGACUAACGCCCGUCCUGGCCCUGGCGGUACUCCUCUUCAUGACGCUCUUUCCCCGCCUGGACAGCGGUCCGCUGUGGCAGCAGUUCACAGGCUCCACUCAGCUUUGCAGCGACUCCUGGUGGGCCACGCUGCUCUACGUGCAGAACUAUGCGGCUCCAGGUCGGAUGUGCCUGGGUCACUCCUGGUACCUGGCUGUAGAUAUGCAGCUGUACAUACUCUCGCCCAUCCUGCUGAUCGCUCUCCACAGAUGGGGCAAGCGUGCCGUUGGUGGCAUUUUGCUGCUGAUCCUACUCCUCUUCGGCUGCGUCUUCAGCAUUAUUAUGCUGCGUGAGUUGCAGGUCUUUGACCGUCAUGGCAACCUGGGUGCCGAUAGCCCCGAAAUGCGUCUCAUCUACUACACCACGCAUGCGCGCGCCACACCCUGGCUUAUCGGAAUCCUCUUUGGCUACUUCCUCCACCGCCAGGGUAAACAGGCCACCAAGGUGGCUGUGCCCCGAUGGCUGGCUCUGGUGCUGUGGGUGCUCAGCAUCAGCCUGCUCCUGGUUGUGAUCUUCGCCAUGUACCCGUACACGGAGGCCGGAACGGAGAUAAUAUCGCCGCUGGGCGGCGCCUUCUACAUCUGCUGCAGCCGCAUCGCCUGGCCCCUGGCCCUGUGCUGGCUCAUCUGGGCCUGUCAGAACGGACUGGCUCCGGUGAUCAGCGAUCUGCUGGGCUGGACCUUCUGGCAGCCUCUGUCCAAGCUAUCAUAUUGCCUCUACAUCUGGCACCUGCUCGUGGAGACCGUUCAUGUGGCGCGCACCAAGACAAGUUUGCAUUUCUCCAACUACGAUGCCAUCCUCCGCUUCUGGUCGGACUUUGGCAUCACCUUGUUAGUGUCCAUGAUCAUGUAUCUAUGCGUGGAGGUGCCCCUGGCCCGCCUUGAGAUGCAGCUUUUGCGCAGGCGCACAAAGCCGCAACCCCCGACAAACUCCCAGCCAGUAGACCAAGCUCUUGAGGAUGUCCCUGCUCCAGCCACGAGCAUUUCCCGUCAAAAUCUAGUCGACCCCUAAGC